AUGGCACUGCGUCCGGAAAAGCCAGUAUGGAUGUCUCAGGAGCAAUAUGAUAGACAAUAUGGGAAGUUGGAAGAACCGAAGCCACCCCGUGAAGAAAGCAAACCUGGAGACCAAGCUAAGCCCAGCGCUGAACCUAAGAGCGGAAGUGAAGAGAAAACGGAGGGUAGCAGCAGCAGCACCGGCCAAGGAGAAGAACGGCCACACUUCAAAAUCCAGAAGCGGAGGCACCAAAACUACGAUCUGGAGGAGAGAAAGAAGAAACAGCAGCUAAACAAGCUCAGAGAAGAGCAGCUGAAGCAACAUGAUAUAGAGAUGGCUGCUAACAAAGUAGUAAAUGUGGACCAGAUAGUGCGAGAACACUACAAUGAGCGGACAUUCCAUGCAAAACGAUACAAUCGGAACUACUCGCCGAUCAUCAAGCUGCGAAAUUUUAAUAACGCCAUAAAAUACAUGCUGAUAGACAAGUACACGCGGCCUAGGGACGUGGUUUUAGAGCUGGGGUGCGGCAAGGGCGGGGACUUGCGGAAAUACGGAGCGUGCGAGAUAUCGCAGUUCAUUGGCAUUGAUAUAUCCAACGAAUCCAUCCGCGAGGCGCAGCGUCGGUACUUAAACAUGCGCGAUCUGGAUUACCAAGUGAUUUUGAUUACCGGUGAUUGUUUUGGAGAGUCACUAGGUGUUGCUGUACAGCCGUUUCCAGAAUGUAGGUUUCCCUGCGAUGUUGUAUCCACACAGUUCUGUUUGCAUUAUGCAUUCGAGACGGAAGAGAAAGCGCGGCGGGCUAUUUUAAAUGUUUCGAAGUCUCUGAAGGUGGGAGGCUUCUUCUUUGGCACUAUACCGGAUGCUGAGUUUAUUAGAUAUAAGUUGAAUAAAUUUUCAAAAGAGGUGGAGAGACCUUCCUGGGGUAAUUCAAUAUACAAGGUUGUUUUUGCAAAUAAUUCAUACCAACUCAACGACUAUGAAUUCGAGACUCCUUACGGAAAUAUGUACACUUACUGGCUGGAAGACGCAAUUGACAAUGUCCCGGAGUAUGUGAUCCCGUUUGAGACACUCCGGAACCUGUGUGACGAGUAUGGCAUGGAGUUGGAAAUGCAAAAACCGUUCAAUAAGUUCUUUGUGGAAGAGAUACCACAAUGGAUGAAUAAGUUCUCGCCUAGGCUGAGAGAAGGGUUGCAGAGGUCCGAUGGUAAGUAUGGAGUUGAAGGCGAUGAGAAAGAAGCUGCCUCAUAUUUCUAUACUGUAUUUGCAUUCCGUAAAGUAAAGGAUUACGUGGAGAAUGCACCGGCACAUGCUUAA